UUCACGUUUUUGUGACAAUAGAAGAAACAUAUUGAAUAUCGAUCGAAAGGGAUUACACGAGUAGAUUCUUGACGAAUUAAUCUUUUAGCGAAUCGACGAUUUUCCAAGGAUCCAUUCUCGUGAGAAACGCAAAACACAGCAAAAUACCAAGAACACUCCUCGUGGGAGAAGAAAGAAGACGGUACGUGCAUGCUGAGGCGAACGACGUUUAGUGACUCGUCCAAGCUCGGCUGGGAAGUCCUUAUGGUAGCUGAGAGGCGUGGACGAUCUUUCCCGAGCGAGAUCCAAGGGUUGAAGGGGUGGCCCCGUCGUUGGAUCCACCCGGCCAACACCUACAUUUAGAAGAACAAAAAUGACCGAUCGUAACGAGAAUUUCUUAUGCAGAACAAUCUCCGACCAAUCCACCACACGCCCCUACAAACCUGUCUACAGUUGGACAAACAACAACAACGAUAUUCGCAGCAACAGCUCCGCGAACCUGAUCGGCAGAAGGGACGGAUUAAGGGAUCAAACGAAUUACCAUCGGUCGAACGCGUUUCAAAGGGAUGAAACGAACUCGAAUUAUCGUCUGCCGAAAAGGGCGCCCAUAGUCGGCUGGCAGAACGGCAGCCCGACUGUUUUUCCAAGCACACCGUGUACCACCCCUGACCCGGAAUCGCUCGACACGAUCGACGAUCUGUCCCGUUCGCAGAGCGUCGCGUCGUCCACCAAAUGUUCCGAGAUAUGUCAAGAUUCCGGGAACACGGAGGACCUGAGCAGCUUGGCGGACGAGAGACUCCUUCAAUCCACGCCUGCCCGCACCAUCGACAGAAGCGUGGAAUCGUUGUCGCCCGAUAAGGACACGUUCCUGACCACGUCCCCGGAAAUCGGGAGAAGCAAGGAGCUGAGCUUGGCCGACGACAUAGAGGACAAGAUCGAUCUGUUGAGCCCUGGAACGGAUUGCACCGAGGACAGGAUAGGCCCUCCCACGCCUCCUCCCCCCGAUUACCUGAUCUCGACGAACCUCGCGAUCGGGCAUAGCCCUACGAACAGAAGCGACGACGAGUCGCGCUCGUUUAAAAGAAGCGAGGAUAAUUUGAGACGGUCCCCGGAGGCAAGGCCGAUAAUUACACCGAAUCCUGGCUACAAGGACGACGAUACGAGGGAUUCUAUCGACUCGGAUAGCGAUUUGGUGGACGAGUUAACUAGCACGGCCAAGGACGAGAAGAGGAAAUCGAAGGUGCCGGACGGCGGAUGGGGUUGGGCGGUUGUGUUGGCUUCUUUGAUCAUAUCCAUGAUAGCAGACGGGGUGUCGUUCAGUUUCGGUCUCCUGUACAUCGAAUUCUUGCAAGAGUUCGGCGCAUCCAAGUUGAAAACAGCUUGGAUAGGUUCUCUGUUCAUGGCCGUCCCACUUUUGUCCGGACCCAUCAUGUCCGCGUUGGUCGAUCGUUACGGGUGCAGGAGCAUGACCAUCGUCGGCGGUCUGAUCUCGGGAUUCGGGUUCAUAUUGAGCUGUUUCAGCACCACGAUUGAGGUAAUGUAUUUGACGUUUGGAGUGAUCGCGGGUCUCGGUCUGGGUCUGUGCUACGUCACUGCGGUCGUGAGCAUCGCGUAUUGGUUCGAGAAAAAGCGGACCCUAGCUGUAGGUUUGAGCGCGUGCGGCACAGGAAUCGGCACCUUCGUGUACGCGCCCAUGACCACGUAUUUCAUCGAGGAAUACGGAUGGAGAGGCACCUGCUUGCUACUGGCGGGCACAUUCUUCAACAUGAUCGUUUGCGGGACGGUGAUGCGCGAUCCCGAAUGGUGGAUCUUGGAACAAGAGAAGCAGAACGGUGCAACACCUAAAAAAUCGAUCACCAAGUCCGAGUGCGACAGAUCGAGCAUCAGCCCCGUGGACGAGUUUCCUGGGAUCGAGGAGCUGAGGAAGAUGUUGAAGAGCAGACAUACGCCGGAAUAUCUGUUGCAAAUUCUCAGCACCACCACGGAGGAUCCGCAAUCGGUCGAUGGAGAUGUUAGAUUCAGAAGCGUGGUUAAUUUGCCUACUUUUGUCAGACAUAAUGAGAAGGUGCCUAUGGAAGUAUUAGAGUCGCUUUCCAGUAAUCCGAGAUUAUGCAAGGUCAUUUUGGAGAACUAUCCUAAUCUUCUAUCCUGUAGAAGUUAUUCGGACAAAAUGUUACAAGAUUCCAAUUCAGAAGUUGGCAAUAAGAGUAUUGUCACAAUGUCUAUGAGAAUCAAGCAAGCACGUGAUGAAUCAAAACAUGACAAUUCGCAUGUAAUAAAUAAUGUUUACUCUGGAUCUGCGUGCAACACUAUAAAAAAUCAUAUAGGUAAAAAAAUAUAUAAAAAAGAAUCAGAAGAAGCUAAUCCUCUUUUAAUUAAAGAACUUGAAAACAUAAGCGAGGGACGAAAAUUAAAAUCUGUGUCUAGACAACACAUAGUAGAAUUAAAUUGUGGACUUAUUAAAACGGACUCGCUUCCGUGGUUAAAAAAACAAUUUAAUACCAACACUCAUUACUUCAAAGAUAUCAGAGUCCAUAGAAAUUCGGUUAUGUAUCGUGGCGCUGCUCUCAAUUUACACAAAUACCGAUUAAGAGCUAGCAGUUGUCCCGAUAUUUAUAGAAAUAGUAUGACUACAUUGGCCAAAGAAAACGAGGAGAAAUGGUACAGCGAAUUAAUAGAUUUACUAAAAGGUAUGAUGGACUUUUCAAUGUUCCUGGAAUUGCAUUUUUUAUUCCUCUCACUGUCAACGAUUUUGCUGUUCACUUGGUUUAUCGUGCCUUACUUUUAUCUUGCCGAACAUCUUACCAGAAACAGUUACACCGAGUCCGAUGCUGCGAAUCUUCUCAGUAUUAUCGGCAUCACUAACACAAUUGGAAUGAUUGGUCUUGGAUGGGCGGGAGAUCAACCUUGGAUGAAUGUGAGCAAAACUUACACUUGGUGUCUGGUUGCUUGUGGUGUGGCAACAUUUUUAAUGUCAACAUUUACUCCUUACUACAAUUUGUUGAUGAUUACCUCAGCAGCAUUUGGCCUCUUCUUCGCGAGUAGCUUUAGUUUUACUCCUGUUAUAUUGGUACAAUUGAUACCUCUGGAGAGAUUCACUACUGCCUAUGGUCUUAGCCUAUUAUGUCAGGGUAUAGGGAAUCUUCUUGGUCCGCCAUUGGCUGGUUGGUUAUUUGAUAUAACGAAUUCGUGGGAUUUAUCCUUUUAUAUGGCGGGUAGUUGGAUUGUUGUUUCUGGAUUAUUGGUGGGGCUUAUUCCGUACACCAAAAAUAGAAAAAUUUGGGGCAAAGGUCCAAUCGAAAUGGAGCGUGAAAGAGACAGUUUAGCUUGAAUUUAUUAUUAAUUAAGUUUCAAUGAACCACUAUUACCUCCAGCAAAAGUAAACAAUCAUUUAUUGUUAUUUCUAUUGUUGAAAGUUGAAAAAUGAAAAAAGAAAGUAUUAUUUGUUGUUAUUUAUUUUUCUUUAAUCUGAUUAUUAUCUUAUUAUGAGAUUUUUUCAUUUCUAUUAGAUAACUAUGAUAGUUAUAUUUUAUAUAUAAUGAUAAUAAUAGUAUUUAUAUAUACUAAUUCGUAAUAACAUGUACUUAUAGAAUGAAACUUAA